AUGGCUCACACAAAAAUGGAGACAGGUUUGGCUUUGAUGGUGAUUGCCAUGCUGUGCUCAGGAGGUGCAGCUCAAUCGAGUUGCACAAAUGUGUUGGUUAGCCUGUCACCGUGUCUCAACUAUAUCACAGGGAAUGCUUCAACCCCAUCUUCAGGAUGCUGCUCACAGCUUUCCAGUGUGGUACGCUCACAACCACAAUGCCUAUGUCAGGUUCUUAGCGGCGGUGGAUCAUCACUGGGGAUCAACAUCAACCAAACUCAAGCUCUGGCAUUGCCUGGUGCUUGUAAGGUGCAGACCCCACCCACCAGUCAGUGUAACAAUGUUGCUGCUUCACCACCAACAGGAACAGUCGCUGAAUCUCCAAACUCUGUUCCAUCAGGAACCGGAUCCAAAACCCUACCCACAACUGAUGGUGGCUUUUCCGACGGGACUUCCAUCAAGUUAUCGUUUCCUCUGAUACUUAUUUUGGCAGCAACAUAUGCUUCCACUUUCACGACAUACUGA